AUGGCACCCUCACGGUCCCGCGCCUCACUACUCUCCCUCCUCGCUGCCACCUCGCUCCUCCCCCAAACAGCAUGGGCCUUCGAGUGCAAUGACAUCCUCGCUGAUGGCGCACACUUCAACUUCAAAGAGCUAGGUGGCCCCCAUACGGUACACUGGGAAGAGUCCGACCUGGAAAAGGAGCUCAAGUUCAAGUACAACUUCACUCUUGACAUCUGCAAUGUCCUCAAAUGGCACAAGGGCGGCUCACUCGAUACCGAGUGCCACCACGGCGCAAGGGUAUGCGCCAUUAGAGAAAUGGUUGAUCUUAGCAAGGAGAACAGUACAAGCAUCACGCCCAUCGAUAUCGCAGGUACCUACCCAAUGCAGAACGGCAAAACAAUCGACGCCAAGUUUGAGAACCUAGGCCAUUCCAAGAGCAACUCUGAUGCGCGAGAGGGUGUCCGAGCGACUCUACACGGCGGCCGAUUCCCAUUUGAUGACAAGAAGGAAGGCAUGGAUCAACGGGCUAUUAUCGAGUUUGUGUGUGACAAGGAGAGGUCCGGAUCCGAGGGUAAUGAGGUGGACAACAGCCCACACGAGGACGGCGACAAGGACGAAAAGGACGGCGAUAAGAAGGAUGAUAAGAAGGACGACGACAAAAAGGAUGACAAGAAGGAUGACAAGAAAGAAGGCAAACUCAAGGCAAGGGAGGAAAAUAAAGGUAAAUGCGAAGACAGCGACGCCAGUCUUCGCUUCUGUGGAUAUGAAGUGGAGCCUGAUACCAAGGAUAAGAAGGUCCGCACACUACGCUUGGAGUGGCGGACCAAAUACGCCUGUGCAGAUGCGCCUGAGCCCGACAGCGAUUCCCACUGGGGCUUCUUUGGCUGGUUCUUCAUCAUCAUUUUCCUCGCAAUCGCCGCAUACCUCAUCUUUGGCUCCUGGCUGAACUACAACCGCUACGGUGCUCGUGGCUGGGACGCGCUACCCCACGGUGAUGCGAUCCGCGACAUCCCCUAUGUUGCGAAGGAUUUCGCGAGAAAGGUACUGGAUACGGUGCAGGGUAGUGGUAGCAGAGGUGGUUAUGCUGCUGUGUAG